AAUAUAUUGACUGAGACACAGUAGAUGAGAAAGGGACUAGACAAGAACAAGACUAAAAACCAGUAAGGAAUGUACUCAGGUCUCUUCCAGCAGGCCUACCCAGUCAGUUUUUAAGCAUUCAUUUUAAACUCAUGUCCUUUGUCUAAUCUCUGUUUAGUGUAUUUUAGUAUCUUUUAUAGAAAUACAUUUUAAUAUGUGUAUUUGUGGUAUUUUUACAAUGUUUGUGUUUUAAUAAUUCUGUAACCCACUUCAAGCCACAAGGAGAGGCAAUAAGAAAUAAAAUAAUAAUAAUAUUAAUAAUAAUAAUAAUAAUUACCAUCAUCAUCAUUGUUGUUGUUGUCAUGCUGUAGUGCCACAACAUACCUAUUCAGUGAUCCCAAGCUUCUUCUGUGAUGGCAUGCCAGCACAGAAGUGACAUUAUGGAAAUGGUUUGCCCAGCUCUCCCACUCUCUCACUCUCCCAAUAAUUAAAGUAAAAAAAAUAUUUUUCUUAGUUAAUUUUUAAAAAAAUAAUUUUUAAAACCGAGGCCGCUACGGAACUCCAGGAGGGCAGAAUGCUCUCCCUAUUGAGAAGUCCAGCCCCAAGACCAAGAAGUGGUGAAGCAGAACUGUUGCGUGGCCACCAAAAUCAUGCAAUACUUUUAAUGAUUAUCUUGGUAAGUUGUCGGGAUCACGAAUGCUGCUAAAAACCGGCUUCAUGCAAUAAGGUCCUUGGAAAAUCAGGGAAAACACUGUCAAUGGCAAUUGCUUACACUUUCUAAGGAGAUAACUUAACAACUGAUGUUUAUUCAUAUCACUAAGCAAUUUAUCCAGCGUUGCCCAAAUUGAUGUUAAUGACUUAGUUAUGACUGAAACAGACAUAUGACCAGUAGUAUCCACGAUCCUAUAAUGGUGCGUAAAACAAAGUUUGGGUAUACUGAAUCAUCAGAAAGCAAUGGUGUCACUAUCUCAGCUACCGAUGUGGAUAAUUUUGGAUUUAGAAGUAUUCUGGAUUUCAGAAUUCCAAAUAAAGAGUGUUCAACCUAUACAUGUUUAUUUUACUCCAAUAGAAUUGCUUCAUAAAUAAUAUAUACUAUUACACCAUAGUCUAGUGAAAGUCACACUAUAACUGACUCCCAAUUUGUACUCUUCCUUGAAUCUGUGUGAGCUUGCUAUUAAUAGCAGAGUACUGUUGAUAACGACAGUCCUCUUCAAGCCUUCUCUAAUAAUGUUUAUUUGUGAUCCUGUUCCUUCCUGUUUCCUGUAUGUAUGUUCUGGUAUGCAGUUUCCUUUAUGGUUCCUAGUAUGUUAUAAAAGGGGCUGCAGACCACAUGAUCACUACAGACAGACUGCAGACCUCAGAUCACAUGCUUGCUGUUUUGCUGUAAGCUAUGUCCUUGCACAGAGAAUUAUCUCAAACAUAUCUGAAACUUGACCGAUACGUUUUGUACCUGUGUAUGCUGAACACAUUAAUGUUGAGCAACUUGAGUCACUUCUGGAGUGAUGAAAGAUGAUGUUCCAGCUCCCUCUUGCCAGCAAGUUGCAGUGCGACAAGGCCUGCAGGAAGGACCUGUAAGGGAUCCUGCCACUGUUUUUUGUACUGCAGCUCUCUAGUAGGAGCAGAGCCCUGGAAUUUCUCUGGCUGGGACAGCUGCCUGCCUUCUAAGCUUUCAAAAAUCAAAGAGGAACUGCAAAGAUACAUUUUAUGUCUGGUCCUACUCCCUCACCUGGAAAUGGGAAACAGAAAACGCAGUAGGACUAGCCCUGAGUCAACAACGCACCACAAGGCUUCUAAACAACUGAAAAUUGAUGAACUCUUCGGGGAAGGAACUGUGAGUAUAUCUGACUUAAACACCCUGUUUGAAACUACAACUGACAACAAUGCUACUCCCUUAAUUCUUCAUGAUAAAGCUAACGAGCCUCUAUCAGUAGCCUCUGACAACAACUUGGCUGCAUAUCAUGAAGGAGUAUCCUUGGAGUCAAUUGAAACAAAUGUAGUGGAAGAGAACCCCCUCUUUACCGAGAUAAGACAACAUACAGGGCAAACAAUCUCCACAGACUUUGUGAUGAACCAAUGCCUUUUUACAGCCCACACUGUUGUUUCUAUCUUCGAAAGGAUAGAAAAAAUAGUAGGACAGUUGGAGCUUCUCAAAAUUGCUGUUGACCACUUCACUCAGUAAAGUAUACCUUUAAAAGAAAGUUCAGCUAAGGAUAACAGCAGGUGGGCCAGAGAGGAGGAUAAUAAUGUGCACCAAAACACCUCUGAAUUACCUACUAAGGAGCUACAAAUGCAUAAAGGCAAUAGGAUCUUACAAGCAAAUCAAACAAUGCUGCAAAUUGCGCACAUUGGAAUAAAUAAGGGCAAAUGGAAUUCAUUUAGAGCAAUCAGAACUUCUUUGAGCUAGCUAUUAAACAUACAUCCACAUAGUAUCGAUAUGCUUACAGUGGAAUGGCUUCCCAGAGUGUCAGCUCACGACAGGAUUCUCAUAUCGUUUGAGCAGAUGACAAUUCCCAGCAUGCUGAUGAAGAUGAAGCUCUUUCUGUCCAGUUUUCAAAUAACACCAACAAGGGUGUUUCGAGAUUCAAGCAUCACCCCUUUGAUAAUUCCUUUGCACAACAGUAAUUGUUUGAGAAAUCCCAAAGAAACACUUCGCAAGAACAUGCUGCAGUCCAGCCCAGCCAAAACCCUUAGUACACUAACAGAGAAGCAGCCUCAGGGCCUAAGUAGGCCAUCCUGCAAAGAACAACAAGACAUUGCUUGUAGAUUGGACCACCUUAAGAACAUGAUGUUUACUAUCAGGGACAUGGCUGUACCAUUAAUAGACUUAGUUCCCUCUGUUGAAGCCCCACAUGCUACGAGGGAUUUGGCUGGGGGCUCUGCUGAUGCGUUACUAGCAAUGAACGAGGACGACAUCACAACUAUAAGUCCAAUGCACCCCCUGAUGCCUAUGAGGGAAAAUCAGAUACCUUCAACACACGAAUUGCUACCCAACCAAAAAGCUCCUGCUCAGACUGAACUUCUGGAGAUCGGUAAUGUCUCAGACCCAUUUACACCAGCGUGACAAUUACACCUGCUAUCCUGGAAUAUAAUGGGAUGGACAAAUAAGUUCCAUGAUGCAGAUUUUGCAAUUUAUCUGCAACAAUUUAAAAUUAUUUGUUUGCAAGAGACAUGGGCCACUGAAACAAACCCUCCUUCUCUCCAUGGUUUCAGUGCAUAUUCAGUUCCAGCUGUGAAAACGAGCUCUAAAGGCCGUGGUAGCGGAGGCCUUGCCAUUUUCAUUUCAGUUGAUCUGCAUGUGGACAUUCAAAGUUUGGAUAGUUCCCUACCGCAAUAUAUACAGGUCCUCCUCAUUAAGAGCACGUUCUUUGGUUGUGUAAUCUGUAUAAAUGUCUAUUUUCCACCUAGAUUAGCAAAAAAUGGAGAUCCCAAUAAUGUUUGGAUCAGGCUAUCUGAAACCCUUACCUGUUUGGAAUGCCAAUAUCCCUCCACAAAGCUCCUUUUGUGUGGAGAUUUUAAUGCUAGAAUUGAGGUGGAUAUGAAACAAGGGGAAGGCACUAACUUUGGGCAAGAUGGCCAAGUCACAUCUGCUGACAGGGUUUCUCAAGACACAAUUAGAAACAAGUCAGGUCUGAGUUUCUUAGAGGUCCUAUCCUUGCAUCAAUUGCAUUGCCUCAAUGGAACCCAGCAUGAUAUAACUCAAAGUGCCUAUACCUAUGUCACCAACAGGGGAGCUAGUACUAUCGAUUAUAUAGCAGUUUCUGCCAACCUGCUACCUGAUAUUCAAAGAUUUGCAAUUAAUAAUAGGGUUGAGAGCGAUCAUUUUCCUUUGUCUCUCAUAUUUAACUUUGAAACAUCACCUCCAGCACAAUCCUCCCAAAAUUCCCAAAAUCUAAAUGGAAUCCAUGUUGGAGAACGAAGAAUAAGGUGGUCAGUCAACUUAGGCAACUCCAUUCUACACAUAUUGGAGAGCAAUCCCUAUAGACUUCACCGACAAUACAUCCUAGACUCUAACACAGACAUUUUACAUGCCUAUCAAUCCAUCAUUCAAAAUCUCAGACCCAAACUGGUCUGUAAUAAACAACUAAACCCCAGUAAGGUGGGAAUUAACAGAUGUCUGGUUACUGAUUUUUUCCUCGAUCACUACUUUAUGCACACAUUCACACACUUGCCCAUGUACAGGUGCAAAGAUCUUGACAUAAAUGCAGGGGAAAGCUCUUGCAGCUAGAAUUUAAUAACCUCUCCACAGGAGCCCUGCUAUUGUUGCUGUGAUUGAUGAGACACUGAUAAUGGAUGAGAGACUUGUCAUCUUUAGUAAAAAUUUGAAAACUGAACUCUUCAAAGUAAUGGCAAGGCAAGCAUUUGGCUAGGUGAUGGAAAUUCUGACAGGCUUUAUUUCAGUUCCACUGCAUAUAUAUAUAUAUAUUUGGCAACAGAUAAAUAGACACAAGGAGGAAAAAAAGAACCAGGAUACAAGCAACAUAGUGUCCUGGGUUGUGGUCUUGUAAGAGUUUUUUAGCUAGUCAGGGUUAGAAGGGGUCAAAAAUUAAUAGGAGCUGCUUAGAGAAAAACCAAGAAGCAGUGGGUCAAUUACUCUUCUUUAUUAAUCCCCCUGAGUCCCCCUGGGGAGAUAAGGCAAGUUACAAACAAUUAAUAAUCAUUACAGAGUAUCCACCUUAGUAUUUAGAAUUUUUGAAGACUUGCAUGCGUGGCACUGUCCAUAGAAGUUAUAAUGACCACUCAAGUUCAUUUAUUAAUAAAGGCAUAUUACUAAGUUACUGUCCAUAAACUAUCUUCAGUAAAUAAGGAAGAACAAUGUCAUUGCAAACCUCCUGGUAAAUAUUUCCGUUCACACAAACGCAGCUGUAGACUCGAGCUCCUUUCAAUUUGCAAGAUACAACUAAGUAAAUCAAACUCAUCUCUAGCUAAAGUUGGUGUGUUUUAACUCCGUUCUAAACUAGCCUCAUAAACAGGGCUGUCAUUCAAAAUAAUGAGCAGCCAGUUCUUGUUUCAGGCCUUCCCUCCCUCUGACCCUCUCGCCUCUCCAUCCUUCUUCCUCAUCCCCUUCACUAGUCCUUUUAACCUGUUUUCUAACAAUGUUCACAACCAGUUCUGGCAAACUGGUUACAAAUUGGCUGAAUUAUACCACUGCUUAUAAAUGCAUCUGAUCUUAUCCUCUAGAAUAAUGACAAUAUUUUUGUGAACAAUGGUAAGGCCGCAGGAGUACCUUAUCCUUUCAUGAAAUCAGUUCUGUGAUCCUCCCUCCCUUGGAAGUUCCCUUUUCUUUCUCCUGUCACUGUGAAGAUAUUUUAUCAAUUUGCACUCCUCAAAUUUGAUGGUGCCAUAAGUGAAAUUGACAAAGUCCCUAGUCAAUUCUCUGAUGGCCUUCUAGUGUGAGAUUUUUUUUAUUUUAUUUUUUGCAUGAGGCAGAAGCAUUAGCAGUAGUUAUUUUUAAAAGAAAGAGAAGGCCAUGCAGCAUCACAUACAUUCUUUUUAAAAAGCAAGGCUGCCUUUUUUGCAUCAAUAAUGUCACUCCAUUGUCUUUGAGAGGGAAGAUACAAUACAGAUGUCACUGCCGGAGGAUGCUAAAUAAUAAGUGAUAGAGGAAGAUGCUGGAGGGGAAAUGUUUUUGUAGCCUCAAUCCUGAACCGAGUUUAAUCUACUGACACCUCAAAAAUUAAAAGAAGACACUCCUCGAUCCAAUUUGAAGGAGUGGGCACUAAUACUUUGCAUGUAUGACAGCAGUGAUAGUCUUCAACAUCAAGCAUACUAAAAUUUGCCUUGACAUUUUUGGCAGAUGUAACCGAUAUUUGGAAUGACCAUACAAGGUGCAUAUGCCUGGCUACUGCCUAUUAGAAGGUAAAUAAUGGUUAACAACAGGAUUUGUGCAUAGUAUAGUUCUUAUUAAGAUGAAGACAAAAGGAUGAAAGUUCAUUUCCGCUUCUACAGACAAGAUGGAUUGGAACACAACAAAAAAUGAAAAUGGAUUAAGAGAGAGAUGGUGAUGAAUAGGCAGGCAGAUGAUACAUAGAGAGAUGCACAGUCAAAUCUUAUGUACAAACUAUGACUAUAAUUGGAGACUUCUGAUCUGGUAUGUGUGGUACAUGCCUUAGUUACAUCCCCUUUGACUACUAUAUCAUGCUCUACAAGGGGCUGCCUCUAAGGAAUGUUCAAAAUCUUCAACAACUACAAAGAGCUGCAGUCAGAGUGUUAAGUGGGCUGAUUACAAGGGCCAUACAACUCCUCUGCUACAACAGCUACACAGUUUGUAGAAUGGGCUGAAUGUAUUGUAUUAUUUUAAACUGUGUGAUUUUAAUUUGCUUUUUAUCUUUCUAUCUACAUUUUAUCCUUUCAAGUGUAGAUUUAAGUUGUUUUAAUAUUGCAAACAGUUUGAUUCAAUUUUAAUGUCACUUCCAGUAAAUUUUAAGUGUAUUGUCCAUUUUUAAAUUGAAACUCAUAUUGAGCCCCAAUUUUGGGGAGAAAAGUAAUAAAUAAUGUAUUACUACUACUACUACUACUACUACUACUACUAUUACUACUAUUCAUCUGCAUAAUGCCCUGAAUCAAGCAUACAAGAGGAAAAUAAAUAUGACUGCUAGAAUACUUAUGGAAACAACUGCAUAAAUUAAUGUUCACUUCACAGCUUUUACUUGAUCUGCUCCUAUAAAACGUUUCCCAAAACCUAGUUAGGACACAAAUAAAAAAAAUAAUGUUUACUACUGAGACAGAAACAUAGUGUCUGAUAAUUUCAGGAAAGUCUCUUAAAUCCUAAACCACAUCACCAUCACCAUCAUUUAUUUUAAGAAGUCCAAUACUAUCUUUAAAAGACAGACUUCCCAAAGAGUUAUAUGGGACAUAUCAAGUAAACUGACUUUACAGUGAAAUCUAGAAAACAGAAUUGGAAGGCUGUGAGUAGCUCAACUGCUGAUAUCAGAAAGGUGAGAUGUGAGUAACUUAACAGCACAUAUCAGCAAGAAAAAAAUGUCUCUAAUUCAUGGACCUAACAGAGUGGGUGUCCACUGAAAUGGGCUUAGAAAUAUUUAGCAGCAGUAGAUCAGCUUGAAUGCUCCAAUGAAAUUUGAGAGAUAGUCAGUACAGUCUUAUUGAUUUCUGUGCAAGUAACAAAGAGCUGGUAAUUUAUCCAAAAUUGAUUUCCUCUGUUCAACUUGGUUUCAGAAUGUUGGCUAAAAAAUCUAUCCUGGUCACAGAAAAUGCCUAUGCAUUACUAUGGAGGUGGCACAUUUCCAGUAUAAUGAUUGGACUUUUCGUGUUCACAGGACAUACAGAUAUUGUGUUUGCAAGGAAACACAGCACUGCUGUCUUCCUGCAUUUGACCAUGCCUAUAAUCAAGGGGGGCAUGCCUGAGAGGUGUCAGGCCAUAUGGAUUCUGGAGUAAAGGGAACUAGCUACAUCAUCUGCUAGCAAAUCCUGUCAAAUCAUACUUUAUUGAACACUGAAGAAAGGGGACUUAAUUUCAGCACAUGCUACCAAGCACCAAUCAACCGAUCAACUAUUAAGAAAGUCUGAAAUGAUUUCUAAGGGUACUUAUCUAUUAUGUCACAAAAAUGGUGGAUGAAAUUUGACGGACUCUUCCAUUUUUAAUUUACUCAGUUCAUCCAUAUCUCUUCCAUGCCAUCCUUGGCUUAGCCUCUCCAUCCACAUCCAAAGCUAAAUUUCAAUACAUUUGUUUGACUGUACUUCUUACUUGGUGAGGGUUUUUAAUUUUCCUCCUUUUAUUGCUAGUCUUCUAUUCUUAUCUCUCCCUUACAUCCUUAUUUCUCUGUUGACUCUCUACACUGUUAAAAUUUAAUGGUAAUUUCCUUGGAACAAUGACUAACACAUAUGGUCAGGACAUUACCAAAAAGCAGAGCAAAUGAACAGUUUUCCUUGAAAGGUUUUCACAAGAGAUUGAUGCACUUCUUGUUUGCUUGCA